UUUUUAUUUAGAAAUUCUUUAACAUUUCAAAAUAUACAUUAACUACAGCUAAACCAGUGUGAUACAUGUGAAGAUAUAUUUUUUUAUCAAGGUUUACAUGAAAUUUAAUUUGAAUAUAACAUUGACUUAAAUUUAUAGAAAUAUUUAAAAUGAGAAUUUCAAGUAAUUCUCCUAUAAACCUCCAUAUUAAUUAAUUACUCAAUUCUGCCGAGAAACAGCUCAGCAGUCAAAAUCUACACAACCAAAUUUUUUUUUCCAACCAAACAACAUUAAAACAACUAUACAACACAACUACACAACAUCUGUUCUUGUAUACAAUGUUUUCAAACAAAAUGUAUUCUGUUUAUGUCAAAAUUGACCCAGGAACGCAAAAGAUGUAUCAAUUUUAUAAAAAUGGUUAUAUCUCUUAAAACACUUCUUCUAAAAAUCUGAAGAAAAUAAUAAUUAUGUUCAUUUUGGUAGUCUUGACAAAGUCACAAAGUUUGGUUCCUGUAUGAUUUACGGGGGCCUGGGUAUCUCAGUGAGUAUUGACACUGACUACCACCCCUGGAGUCACGAGUUCGAAUCCAGGGCGUGCCGAGUGACUCCAGUCAGGUCUCCUAAGCAACCAAAUUGGCCCGGUUGCUAGGGAGGGUAGAGUCACAUGGGGUAACCUCCUCGUGGUCGCUAUAAUGUGAUUCGCUCUCAGUGGGGCGUGUGGUGAGUUGUGCGUGGAUGCCGCGGAGAAUAGCGUGAAGCCUCCACACGCACUAGGUCUCCGCAUUAACACGUUCAACAAGCCAAGUGAUAAGAUGCGCGGGUUGACAGUCUCAGACGCAGAGGCAACUGAGAUUCGUCCUUCGCCACCCGGAUUGAGGUGAGUCACUACGCCACCACGAGGACUUAGAGCACAUCGGGAAAAGGGGAGGAAAUAAAAUAAGUUCACUACUUUUGUGAACUCUCCCAGACGUAUUGCAAUGAAACUUUGGAAAAGAGAAAAUCUGACUCCGAGCAUCAUUUUUAGAAGAUUAUUUCACAGUAUACACACACACACACGUUUGAUAGCAACUAUCAGUAUUUAUAUUUCAUAAAUAUUGUUUGCUACUUUGUGCAGGUGUUGCAGAGGACGUUAAGGAGAUAAAAUCUAUCCGAUCCAUGUAAAAUCUGUCUGUGGUAUAAACAGUCGGAGAAUAAAAUUUUGACUUCUGUUGCCCCAGAAAGAAGUCAUUAGAUUUGGAUGCUGCGUGUGUGUGUGUGUGUGUGUGUGUGUGUGUGUGUGUGUGUGUGUGUGAGUGAGUGUGUGAGUGUGUGUGUGUGUGUGUUUUGUGUAGAGGAGGAUGUUGUUGUUCCUGGAUUAGCAGCUGUUGCACAUCCUGGACCAGAGAGAGAUUAGAAUAAAAGAGCAAAAGACAGGAUUAGAAAAGAAAAAGAGAGAAGAACUGGAAGGGGUGGAGAGAGAAAGUCAGAGAGCGAGAGAGAGAGAGAGAGAGAGAGAGAGAGAGAGAGAGAGAGAGAGAGAGAGAGAGAGAGAGAAAGUUUCAAAGAGAAAAUUUCAGAUCAAUUGUUUGUUUUGCUCUGAAGAAUAUGCAAUGCAAUGAUGCUUCUUCAAUGCGCAUGAUGAAGACUUUGCUGAAGACAGUGCUGGUUGGAUGUGUGAUUAUCUGUGUGUUUUCCAUGCGUGGUGUGUGUUUCUCUCUUGGAGCGAGUGUUUCAUCGUGUGUGAACAUGAAACCCGGACACAUCAGCUCACUUCCACAACACACACGCACACACUCCGCUGUCACGAUCCGCAGUCGAUCAGUGUACCUGCCACAACACACACUCACAGUGACGGUUCAGAGUUCACGAGCAUUCAUGGGGUUUCUGCUGCAGGCGCGCUCCGUGCUGGAGGACCGUGUCGUCGAGGGGGAGUUCACACUUCACCCGCCCAGCACCCACACUCUGUCCUGCCUCAGCACAGAUGACACUGUCACACACUCGGACAAAAUGCUCAAGAGGAACUUGUCCUUCAGCUGGAGAGCCCCGCCGCGACCCAGCGGAGACCUGCGAUUUUACAUCACACUGGUUCAGUCUUAUUUUGUGUACUGGGCUCGAAUCAGAUCAGCAGUGGUGUAUGAUGGGACACGGAGUUCUCAGAACAAUAACAGUGACACAGGUCAAUCGAAACAGGAUGAAACCGCUUCUAUACUGGAACAAACAGUCCAACACACACCCCUGUUCACACACACAACCAUGUCUACACACACUAGUGCACGCUCAAAAUAUAACAUACACACCCCUCCAAUAUUUAAUGCACACACAAACACACAAUCAGUGAAUGACAUUCAAACAUCAGUUUCGCCAUAUAUACACUCCACCACCCAAACUUUCCCACAAGUAUCUUUACUCCAAAACAUCUACAGCUCUCCAAACACUAACUUACACUUAAACCGUAACACAAACCCACUGAAACCCACUAACACAUACCAAAUCACUGCUAAUACACACACAGACCUCAACAUGUUGUUAGAAGCUCAAACCCAUGCAUCUGUACACACUUUAAAACAACAAACACAAACCUACACACCAUCACACAAUCACAACACACAACCUACCCUGAAUACAUACACCAACACACACAAAAUCACUGCUAACACACACACAGACCUCAACAUGUUGUUAGAAGCUCAAACCGAUGCAUCUAUACACACUUUAAUACAACAAACACACACCUACACACCUUUACCUGCACAAACACAAACUAAUGCAUUACACACUUACAACCCCAACACACACAAACACACUGUUCAAAGCUCUUACACCGCUUCGGAUUCAACUACAAUCCUGUCGACACAAACACACAUUUUCACACCCGAUAAACCAUCCCUGCAUCACAAACCCUCCCCGGCUCCUCGUCGGUCUCUCUCAGAUCUCCUUCCGUCCCGGGAGCCCACGGAGGGUGCUGUCUCAUUGACCAAGAGCGAGAGAGACUCCUCCGAUCUGUCUGGAGACGUCCGUCUCAAACCCCCUAAACGUCCCAAAGAUCCUUCUGGAUCUCCGAAGAAGGGAGGGGAGAGGCCGGAGCAUGUGCCCAGGCAAAAUGCUUCCGAGCUGGGCUUGCUGCUGGGCCUCUCCGGCGUGCUGGGCAUGGCGAUAGCCGUAGGUCUCAGGUACCUGCAGAGGAAGCACUGUCGCAAGCGCACAGCUAUGUCAUUUAAUGACCAUAGCCAUGACAACAGAGGCAUCAUUCAUGUGCAAGAGUGUGGAGACCUGGUGCAGGUGCGCAAAAUACGGCAAAAUAGUUUCCUGGUGCUGCAAGCUGAAUAUGACCUUAUAACACCAACAGGAAACUGAACAUACUCUCACUCGCACCAUGUAAACAUGGGCUCUAGGAAGCUGCAUGUCUAGAGUGCAUUAGGUCUUUAAUGAGGGAAUGUGUGACUAUUAAUUUUAAGUUGUUGAUUAUAAGUAUAGAAACCAUACAUUUUAAUUUUGUUACAAAAUAUAUAAGUAGUUUGAGAGUGUAGAAAGAGUGACUCGAUUGCAUCAUUCACAGCGUGUCAUGGGAGUGGGUGAUUGCUGCUGAGCUCUUUUGGUGCACUUCGUUUGCUGUGAUUUUCUGAUUGGUGGAUUAUUUUCUCUUCAGGAUCAUGGGUAUAGUUCUUCACCAGAAAUUCUGCUAUUCAAAAAGUUGAAAUAACAUGGACCAAUAAUUAAUAAAAAGACCAAUAAUUUGGCGACGUCACAGACGGAAGUGGUGGCAAAAAGACCAACACGAACAGUAAAUCAAACCUGUAGUUAGCUGAUCCAACAGUCCUCAAAAAGUUAGCUGUUACCUUUAAAUUGUCUGGUUAAGCUAAAUGAAAUGUCGUGCCAAAAUCGCAAUGGCAAAACCGAGGACUUCACUUUUAUUGGAUUCCGUCAACAGAGCUGACUUGACUGAAAUCAUUUCCAACUUACGGCUUUGCAGCGAAUAUUUUAUUACAGGCAUAUUAUUAACUGUAAUUAUGAUGGCUUUGGGUCGUACUUUGUUUAAUGCACAGGCGUCAUUUAUGGGUGGGACACGUCCCUACCACUUUUUGUCUUGGCCAGUUUUGUCCCCACCACUUUUCAAACAGUUUCCGUCAGGUGUCUAAUGCAGAAGAAAAAUAGUCAGUUCUUAAGCAGAAAUUUACAUUAAAAGAUUUUUUUGAAAUUAUUUGUGCAUAACCUAAUUAAUAUUCAUGAGU